CAAUUUAUUUUUUCCCUCACUUAAUAAUAACGUUAUCUGAUAUACCUGUUCUGAUUGAUCUGUUCAUUAAAGUAUGGUUGUGUUGUGUGACGAAAUCGCUUGAAAUCCAAAUAUGAUAAAUAGCCAUGUAAUCAAAAUUUUCAGUUCAGCGUUAGAUAACAACCAUGUCAAGAGAACCUAACAUAGUGUUCCUUGAAGAAUGGCUAAACACCAUGUGUGGCCAUCCCAAAACUUCUUCAUCAUCAUCAUCAUCAUCAACCACAGCUUCAGCCAUCAUUCAAUCAUGGACCUCUCUUCGAAACUCUCUCCAACAACACCAUCAUCAUCAUAAUCAUCUUCUUCUUCAGCAGCAUCAGCAUCUCAAAACCCUCGUUAAUUCCCAAUCAUCUCUCCACGUGGCAGAUCCUCAAGCAACACUCCUCCUCUCCAUUCUCUCCAACUCUAACAACUCUUCUCUCCCUCGCGAUUCCUAUCCUCUCAUUUUCAGGCUUCUCUACAUUUGGGCCCGAAAAUCCACAAGGCCCAAUCCUUCCAUCAUCGAUUCCACUCUCCAACUUCUCUCUACAAUCUUCUCUUCUUCUCCAAUCCAAAACCAAAACAAUCCAUUCUUCUUCUCCGAAUCAAUUCUCCUUUUGGGUUCAUUCUCUUUCAUACCUUCUUUAUCCCUAAAAACUAAAACGCUUUGUUUGGAAUUGUUCUCUUCACUGUUAACGGGGAAUCGUGAGUUGCUUUGUUCUGUUACGCAACUCGAUCCUCUGCUGCCACGUGUCCUCGCUGGAAUCGGUUAUGCUCUGUCAUCUUCUGUUACUGUUCAUUAUCCAAGGAUAGUGGAUUCCUUGUUUGGAAUUUGGAGCAACGAAAAUGGCACUGUGCUUCAUGGACUCAUGGUUCUUUAUUUGAUUGAUUGGGUUAUGACUAACCUCAUCAAUUUCCGGUUUUUGGAUAAAAUUCGUGUUUUUCUCAAUGAGGGUUUUGAGCAAAGAUAUGCUCAAUUUGCUGUUUUCAUGGCUUCGGUUGGGGUUUUAAGAGCUGCGAAUAGAUUUUCAUCGAUGAAAUUGGAUGUUGUUAGUGAAAUGAAGACUUGUGCUGUUGUUUGGAUGGAAGGUUUAGUUAGUGAUUUGGUUUCUAGGACUAUGAGGUUUGGUGGUUCACAAUAUAGGCUUUUGCUUCAGUGUGUUGCGUUGGCAUUGGCUCGAACUGGAACCGGAACUGGAACUGGUUCGGUUUCGGGUCAUUCCUCUUUGCUUGUUUGUCUUGCUCUUGCAUUGUUGAAUGAAGUGUUUCCAUUGCGACGAUUGUAUGAAUUGGUGCUUGAAUUGUGUUCUUCUUCGGGUGGAUUGAAGCUUAAUGAGAUAAAAGAACAUGUAGAUAGUGUACUCUUCAAGGAAGCGGGCGCGGUGACGGGGGUUUUCUGCAAUCAGUAUGUUUUGGCAGAUGAAGAGAGUAAGCGUGUGGUGGAGAAUCUUAUGUGGGGAUACUGUAGGGAUAUCUACUUUGGACACAGGCAAGUGGCUAUGCUUCUUAAAGGCAAGGAGGAUGCGUUGCUUGAGGGUUUGGAGAAAAUCGCGGAAUCUGCUUUCCUUAUGGUUGUUGUCUUUGCAUUGGCCGUGGCAAAGCACAAGUUGAACUCCAAAUUUGGUCAAGAAAUAGAGAUGGAGGUCUCGUUGGAGAUACUAGUAUCGUUUUCUUGUGUGGAAUAUUUUCGCCGUGUCCGAUUGCCGGAGUAUAUGGAUACCAUUCGCAAGGUAGUUGCUAGUGUUAACAAGAAUGAGCAUGCUUGUACCUGUUUUAUGAACUCCAUGCCCUCUUAUGUUGACUUGACAAAUGGUCCCUCGGGUAUGAUUCCAUAUUGUCUUCUAGACCAGAAAACCAAAUACUUAUGGUCCAAGGAUGAAGUGCAAACAGCUCGCAUUUUAUUUUACCUACGAGUCAUUCCAACUUUUAUUGAGUGCUUGCCCAGCCAUGUAUUCAGAAACAUGGUAGCUCCAACUAUGUUCUUAUAUAUGGAGCACCUGAAUGGAAAAGUAGCCCGAGCCUCUCAUUCUGUGUUCGUGGCAUUUAUGUCUAUGGGGAAGGAAUCUGAAAAGAAUGAUAAAGUGUCGUUGAAGGAGCAGCUUGUUUUCCAUUACAUACAAAGAUCCUUAUUGGGAUAUCCUGGCAUUACUCCUUUUGAGGGUAUGGCUUCUGGGGUUGUAGGAAUUGUCCAGCAUCUUCCUGCUGGAAGCCCUGCCAUUUUUUAUUGCAUUCACAGUCUUGUUGAGAAAACCAAUCAGCUCUGUUCUCAAGUCUUCACCCACGAGGCCGAUGCAUGGAAGAAGUGGCAAGGAGAGCCGGAACCAAGCAAGAAAUUAAUGGACUUGCUUUUACGCCUGGUUUUCCUUGUUGAUAUACAAGUCUUGCCCAACUUGAUGAAACUGUUGGCACAGCUGAUUACUACGUUACCUCAGGAUGCACAAAACAUAGUUCUUAAUGAGUUAUAUUCACAAGUGGCAGAUUCAGAUGAUGUCAUCCGCAAACCCACAUUGGUUUCAUGGCUGCAAUCACUAUCUUACCUUUGCACAAAGACUUCAAAUCAAAAUGGUGCCUCCAAAAAUAAUAAAAGUGAAGAUAAUCUGACUUCAGCUUAUAUUGCAGAUCCAUUAAGUGGUGGAAGAUUAACUGCACAACUUUGAGAGAUUCAGAUGUCUGUAGCAGUUAAGAAGAUUUUGUAUGCUGCUGCUGAUGCAAAGAAAUCAGCAUUAGAUGAAGGCAUGCAGCUCGGGAUCACCUUAACCCAACCAUGAGUGCUGUUGAAGCUGAAACAGAAACUGAAGCCUGAACUCCCAAACGUAGCUCCUGGCUGGUAUGCGUCAGAUAUUUGCUGGGGUCCUUGUUAAACAAGCUCAGUGCCGUCUAUGAUGAGAGACUGGUAAUCCUUCCCCGUGCCAUGGCCAUAAAGUGCCAUUUAAUGUCAUAGUUGUAGCUGUAUGGUGCUUUUUUUUUUUUUUUUUUUGUAAGCUUGGAUGGAUAAUCAGAGGAUGUUCUGGUUGAUCUUUCCAAUAAAUAGAGCUCAUCUCAGCGUCCUUCUCAUCUAUUCAAAAAGAGUUGUUCUAAUGAAUGUUGCUUUAGAAAUGGAUGUGGUUAGCCACUGUAUUUAGUAUAUAUUAGAGCCUCUCUGCUAUAUGAAAUUAGCUGCCAAGCAUUCUGUAUAUU